AUGGCAUCCAAGAACUCUUCUUCCGAUCCUACGUUAUCUGGAAUAUCAGCCGGUCUCGACUGUACUAUCAAUGACUUUGGCCAAACAGCUGUUUUUGCAGAUUCACUAGGUCUCGACGACGAUCCUUUGUUUCCCGCAAACUGGGACGAAGACACCCCACCUUACGACGGUGGACUAUAUUCGACCCCGUUGAAUUGGGAUCCUCCAAUGCCAAAACAAGAAGAUCUCCAAAAUAUUGGUCCGACCUAUACAAAUAUGAACCAAACUGGAGGACUUACUGCAGCUCAGCAGGAGAAGUUGCGCGAUAUCGCCAUGCCACCGCACCUCCAAUACCAAAGCCAACAUAGUCCAAACUCAACCACAUCCAAGAGCAAUUCCAUCUCCUCGCCCGAAUCCCAUGAUAAUAGUCGGAAGCGCAAAUCUUCGGCAGAGGCCGACGAUGAGGAUGAUGACGAGUCUACAAGUCAACACCCACCGGUCAAGAAGACUGCUCAUAACAUGAUUGAGAAGAGAUAUCGCACAAAUUUGAACGACAAGAUUGCAGCCCUGCGGGACAGUGUGCCAAGUCUACGGAUCAUGCAGAAGAGCGCCCGUGGUGAAGAUACGGCUGAUGACCGAGAAGAGCUACAAGGUUUGACUCCUGCUCAUAAAUUGAAUAAAGCUACUGUUCUCUCUAAAGCUACUGAAUAUAUUCGACAUCUAGAGAAGCGCAAUUCACGUUUACAAGAUGAGAAUAAUCAAAUGAAGACACGCAUAAACGCUUUCGAAAAGCUUUUCGUGUCUGGAUCAAUGGGGUUCGGUCCCAUUCAGCAACCAAUGAAUCCAUAUCAAUACGCUCAAGAAUUUAACACCCCGGGUCCGUCACCUUCCUCCGAUCAAGGUAUGAUACCUGUUCCAGAUGACAUGCGGAGAUUACAUGGUCAAAUGAGUCAAGAGACUUUUGCUGUUCCAACACAAUACAACCGCCAAUCAAUCGGUCCUAAUGCGUGGAAUGGGGGAUACUUUGGCAAGCUCAUGGUCGGCUCGCUCGCUGGCCUCAUGAUUAUGCAAGGCUUCUCGGAGGCAGAGCAAGAUACUGAUACACCCGGCGCUCGAGGUCUCAUGGCUCUUCCUACUCAAUUCCUCAGGAUCAUGAGUCGUGGUCUUCAUUCAGCGUUGGAAAUCAACUCCCAGGGAUAUCACCUCCCAGCAAGCCAGACUAUCCAUUACCUUCAAGUCUCACUCGCCCUCGGUCUCCUCAUUUAUGUUUUCCUCCCUUCGUUGUUCACUCCUAAGCCGGAUACAAAAGGUUCCAAGUCCGCCAACUUAGCCGCCGCACCCUCACUAGCCUCUUCUAUACAAGUCAGGAGACAAGCUUGGCUUACAGCGAUUCAAACAGUUUGGGUACCAAGACACAAUUUCUUUCUCGAGGCAGCUGCUUUAUGUAUGAAAGUUGGUAAGUUCACGUGCCGCAACGUCGUUGGACCUUCGCUAUAUUCCUUCUUGACUGGUACCACGGAAGAGCAAGAGGUCGCUCGAAUUAAAGCCUGGUCUAUCGCUCUCGAUGCCCAACUGACUGGUGGCGAUGUCGAAGUCAGUAAAAGCCGUUUGACCUUGACCCUAUUGGCUUCCGGUACUCUACCUGAUACCCCAGCACGCUUAAUGCUCAAAGCACUACACAUGCGUGUUUUACUAUGGGAGCUAGGUGUCAAUGGAUUUACCGGUUCCAGAUUCAUGCGAAGCUGUGCACAGGAAUUGGCUAGAUGGAAAUGGAACGAAGCAAAGCAAAUGCAGCAAAUUUUGUCCCAGUCAAAAGAGCAAAGUGACGAGCUGCCUGAAUAUCUUGCCACUCUUCUUGAGCACAAGUGCGAUGAUGUCCUGGUUGAUGCCGUGGUACAACGUGCUUACAAUCUCGCGUGGAAUUUACCAACCACCAGCAACACAAAGGUCAACUGUGGUAUGGAUCGUGUUGUGGACGAUUUUGCUAUUCGCAGCCCUCUCGAUGCGGUCGCAGCUUGGUGGUCAAGCCUCACUUUGCACAAAGCUCUCGCGAAAAGUCUCGAAACAGAGGAUGGAGAUAUUGCAGGCUACAAAGCCGUUGCCGAUGAUAUCAAGAUAGCCAUUCAAACAGCACCCCCUGGAUCCGAGGCUCAAAUACGUGCUCUCGUGGCACGUGCCGUGCUAGUCAAAGAGAAACGUGGACAGAGUAUUGCUGUUGCUCUCAAGGCAAUUGGUGCCGGACAAAAGAAGAUGCCGGUAGAAUCAAAUGUUAACAUCAAAACCUCUGUCGCCAAUCUUCCAGACAUUCAAACCUCAAUUUAUUGCGCAAUGGCUCUUGCUUAUUUGGAACGCUUUCCCAUGCCAGCUAAUCCUGAGAAUGCCCCAAAAGUCAUUGACUCGAUUGUCCCAAUCAAUCUCACUUUACUUGGCUUCACGGCAAUGUUCAAGCUUGUUAAAAAGAUGCAUGAACAUACCUUGAUAGCCUCAACCUGUGCCAUGUCAUUAGAGAAAUUUGCUGGCAACCUCAGAAUUUGGAUUGGAGGCACAGAUGGUGAGAAGAGUGGACUGGAAACUGAUUUGAAGCAAGAAAUGGUGGAGACAUGCUUGAUGAUUACUGCACAAGUUGUUGGCAUGGAAAACGAUGCAGGGUAUGGAUCAAUGAGCGAUGAGGGUGACAGUGAAGGAUGCUGA